GAUCAUGCUGCGGACUACAGACUGUUAAGGACUUGACUGUAACUGCCUCUAAGAGGAAGCCAUUCUACCUUUCGUCCAGAAUUUCUUCCCUUCUGAUGCAUCUAAGGCUACAACAGCAUUCAAUAUUGCGUAGGUGGUUUCUCGUUUUACUUCAAUGGAAGGCGAGACACAAUCAGUUGUGCUUCAAGACCUGGAAACCAAGAUUCAUGUGCAAAGCUGAUGACAACAACAUAAUCUCUGCUAAAUACAAGAUGUGUCAUUCACAGUAUCGAAAGGCUAGGAGUCAAUACAAAAUGAUGGGCAUGCUGGUCAUGAAACAGAUCUUAUUCAUGAUUCUCCUGGGUGCUGGAGUGAUGUAUGCUGUAUUACACAGCAACCUGUGGAAGACCAACAGCUUGGGAUUGUCCCCUCUGGAUAGAAAACAUUGCAGUUUCAAAAGCAAUGUUUCUACUUUCAUAAAGAUGGAUAAUUUAUGUCCUUUCUUGUGCAAAAGUAAUUUUUUUGAUAUAUCUGCAAGUCGUGGAAGUAAUAAGUUUGAACUACCUUAUGGAGUGAAGCAUGCAGAAACCUAUUUUCAACAAGCACUUUCAAAACUUGAAAGCUGUGACCUGUUCCCGGAAGAUGAGAGCUCAUCCUGUAAAAAAUGUAUUGUGGUUGGCAAUGGAGGAAUUCUUCGAAACAAAAACCUGGGUCAAAAAAUUGAUUCUUACGAUGUGAUAAUUAGAAUGAAUAAUGGACCUGUUAUAGGCUAUGAAGAUGAUGUUGGAAGGAGAACAACAUUCCGACUUUUCUAUCCAGAGUCAAUUUUUUCAGAUCCACUUCACUACGAUCCUAAAACUAUUGCAGUUUUUAUUGUCUUCAAGCACCAUGACUUAAAAUGGCUUUCAAAUCUAUUAAGUGGCCACAAUAUAAUGGCAACUGAUGUCUUCUGGAAAAUGAAUAUCAUGACAUUGAUGCAGAGCAGAGAUUUUUGAAGGAGCUUAUAAAGCACCAAAUUGUUAUCAAUCUCACAGAAGAACCAAAUUAAUGAACAAUCACUAUUUUUUGUAAAAGUGAAUGGGGGAAUUAUUUUUAUUUGAAUUAUUUUUUUAAUAAAGUAU